UGUAAGACUGAUUGGAAUAUUCGCAACAGUCGAUUACCCGUUUACACACGGUUGAAAGAAAUCUAAUUAAUUUAACAUUAAUAACGUUAAUAACAAAUGAAUAGCAGACGUUGUUCAUAAUAAUAUGUCUGACAAAGUUCCGUGAAUGUUUCGGUUUCUUCGCUUUUUACUAUGCCUUACGUGGCUACGAGGCUCGCGACUAUUGUGUUCUGACGUAAAUGGUAAUUAAAAUACCAGCCGUUGCAGGAAAAAUAGCAUGCCAAGAGUCUUAUUAUACGAAUCAAUUUUUGUUUUUAGAAUACAUAGUUUAAUUUAUGGAUAUUAUUAUGAUAAUAUAAUUUAUGAUUGACGCAAACGUUUUAAUGUUAAACCGACCGGACAAAGUUUACACUAAUGAUAUUAAUUGAUCAAUCGCUAUUUAAAGAUACUCCCGCGAUGAAAAACAGUAGAUAUUUAUGUUUUAUUUUCCUAGGUCGGAUCCAGAGUCAGACGAAUAUUUCGAUGAACUCUUUAAUAUUUUCCUUUUGCGAGAACAACCCGUCAGCGAGAAGCGGGAACCUACGCCGGGGGAAGGAGUCGGAAACAACGGAAUACAAAUGGUGCAAUACGCUAUGCCGGAGAGAGGUACUCUGAAAUCCCUUUCAGCUCAACCACCGAGCCCGAACGAUUCUCUAUCGCGAAGUCCAAGGGUCUCCGGUGAACGCUGCAAUCCAUACAUUCGUCCAAAUCCGCCGCCCUACGUCGGACCGAGUAACUUCGCCGGUCUACGCGCCGAUUUCUGACUACACGAGCAACCCGCGAAAACCUGGUUCUGCUAAGUGAAAUAUAGUUCGCGGGUGGCAUUCAGCUGGACGUUCCGAAGAAGGUAUAACGGAGCCGAGUGUUGCAAAUUCAUCGAAACCGGCUCCAAAUUUGCAAGUUGAAUCACAUCAAAUACGCACGUCGCUUAUUAUCGCGUAGCCAUAAACAUGUAUUGCGUCACGCUUUCCAAGCAAUAUAACAGCGGUUUGUUGGCGUUGAAACAUUCUCUCUGGGAAAUCGAUUUGCGUUUGAAAAAUUUUUUCGAAAUC